AUGAUGAUAUGGUAUUGGGCUCUGGGAUGGUUUAUCACCAUUUUGGCUCUCCUUGGAAAUGGCUCAGUGUUCUUUCUCAUCGUUAUCAAACGCAGUCUGCACACAAUAACCAACUGGUUUAUUUUAUCUUUAGCCGUGGCGGAUUUCAUCGCUGCCCUAACAUUUCUGCCAGUGAGAUAUUUUGCAAACUUCCACUACGAUAUUGAUCUAGGUCACGCUGGUUUGUGGUACAAGAUCUGCUUCACAUUCCUCUACAGCUCAACAACUAACUUGUGCGUUCUUACUAUGGACCGCUACAUGGCAGUCAGCAAGCCUUUCAAGUACGCCCAAUACAUGAACAGAAAGAAAGCUAUAUUCCUAAUUUUCAUAGCGUGGCUAUUUCCACUAAUUUUCUUCACGCUCCCCGCUGCCCUUUCGUACAGAGAUAACGAAGUGUUCACAAUGGUAUCAGAGAUCAAUAGAAUCUUCGUUUUCCAAGUGUUUCCGUCCAUUUUCUUUGUCUUUGUCACUCUUCGUCUCAUCCUUACAGCCAGGAAGAUAACACGUCAGUGCUACGCGCUAGAAGCUCAAGUCCGCUACAAUCACGCCGCUUACCUCGCCAGCUGCAAGUCACUUUUGCGUCCCGAAAGGAGAACCUCGAUUAUGAUUAUCUUAAUCAUUACGCUCUUCAACAUCACUUAUGCCGGGGGAAAUGUCAUCUGUUACUGCUUUGUGACCAAAACGUGCGUUUUACCAAACAUCCUGGAUAAAAUCAUUCGUCUUUUCUACAUCAUCCACCUCUCCGCCAACCCCUUCGUAUACGCUUUUUAUAAAAAGGACAUUAGGAAGAGCGUG